CAGGCGAGGCGCAGUUGGUGUCGAAAAACGCGAUUGGUCAGUGCGGGAAUGACGCAGUUUGGUAGCCGUGAGGGCGGGGCUGGGGAGCCGAGCAGCACCAGUGUUGCUUGGAAAAGAGGAGGAAGCAGCGAGGAUGGCGGAGUCACACCUCUGAAGAGGGAUUACAAAGACCUUGAUGCCCCUUUGAGCCUGAAAGAAUUCCACAAGUUUUACCUAAAAGUCCCGCGAUUGUAUGCAGCUUCAACGCUUGAGAAUGUGGCCCACGGACGCCCCAGUCCAGAUUCUGCAACAGAGUUUUUGCUCACUGGCAUUUUAACCAAGGAACAACAUUUUAAAAGUGUUAUAAAACCUUCUUUUCCCUAGGAGAAUAAGAAGUGUGCGCUCCUGCAGAGUGAUGUUCUCUUUAAAAACCUGCUCAAUUUUCCGCAUCCCCUUUUCCCCCUGAAUAAGUAACUUGACAAGAAACUCAUGAGCAACUCUGCAGGACACCCGAUAACGUCGACAUGAGUAGUACUUUAGGCAAAGAAAAAGAUUCAAAAGAAAAGGACCAUAAGAGCGGUUUGGGUGGCAAAGAAAGGGAAAAGGAGGCCAAGGCUCUUGCGGGUCCACUUAAGGAUGGGGGCAAAGAAACCAAGACCAAAGGGAAAGAAACCAAAGAAGGUAAGAAGGACACCAGCAGCUCAACACCGGGUGUUGCCUUCUCAGUUGACAAUACGAUCAAGCGGCCAAACCCAGCACCAGGUACACGCAAGAAGUCCAGCAAUGCCGAGGUGAUUAAGGAGCUUAACAAGUGCCGGGAGGAAAAUUCCAUGAGACUGGAUCUCUCCAAGCGGUCUAUUCACAUGUUGCCCACCUCCAUCAAGGAGCUGACACAGCUGGCUGAACUCUACCUAUACAGCAACAAGCUCCAGAGCCUACCGUCUGAAGUGGGUUGCCUCUCAGGCCUGAUCACUUUGGCCUUAAACGAGAACUCCUUGACCAGCUUGCCCGACUCACUGGACUCCCUUAAAAAUCUUCGUAUGCUUGAUCUCCGGCACAACAAGCUGAGGGAGAUCCCGCCAGUGGUCUACCGACUGACGUCGCUGGGCAUACUCUAUCUACGCUUCAACCGCAUCACCACGGUUGAGAAAGACAUCCGGAACCUUUCCAAGCUCACGAUGGUCAGCAUCCGGGAGAACAAGAUCAAGCAGCUUCCCGCAGAAAUAGGGGAACUUCGCAACCUCGGUACUCUGGAUGUUGCCCAUAAUCAGUUGGAGCACUUACCGAAGGAGAUUGGGAAUUGCACACAAAUAACCAACCUAGAUUUGCAGCACAAUGAGCUCUUAGACCUCCCAGAGACUAUAGGAAACCUUGCCAGCAUAAACCGCCUGGGUUUGAGAUACAAUAGAUUGUCAGCCAUCCCCAGAUCAUUAGCCAAAUGUCGAGAACUGGAAGAGCUAAAUCUUGAAAACAAUAACAUUUCAGUGUUACCAGAGGGUCUCCUGUCGAGUUUGGUCAAACUGACCAGCCUGACACUAGCAAGGAACUGCUUCCAGUCAUACCCUGUGGGUGGACCAUCCCAGUUCUCAACCAUCGACUCGCUCAACAUGGAGCACAACCGCAUAAACAAGAUCCCUUUUGGAAUCUUCCUCAAGGCCAAUGUUUUAACCAAGCUUAACAUGAAGGACAACCAGUUAACUUCUCUGCCGUUGGACUUUGGCACAUGGGCCAGCAUGGUGGAGCUAAACCUAGCCACCAAUCAGCUGACGAAGAUAUCAGAGGAUAUCUGCCGUCUGGUGUCUCUAGAGGUAUUAAUUUUGUCCAAUAAUCUUCUGAAGAAGUUACCACAUGGUAUCGGCAAUUUGAGAAAGCUUCGGGAGCUUGAUUUGGAGGAAAACAAGUUGGAAUGUCUCCCAAAUGAAAUUGCAUAUCUCAAGGAUUUACAGAAAUUGGUGUUGACAAAUAACCAGCUGACAACAUUACCCAGAGGCAUUGGCCACCUUACCAACUUGACUCAUCUGGGGUUGGGGGAGAACCUGCUGCAACAUCUCCCCGAGGAGAUUGGCACACUGGAGAACCUGGAGGAAUUGUACCUCAACGACAACCCCAAUCUGCACAGCCUGCCCUUUGAGCUGGCCCUGUGCAGCAAGCUGUCCAUUAUGAGCAUCGAAAACUGUCCCCUCAGCCACCUGCCGCCCCAGAUUGUGGCCGGGGGCCCCUCCUUUAUCAUCCAGUUCCUCAAGAUGCAGGGACCGUACCGUGCCAUAGUCUGAGGACAGUGCCCACACACAUGCCUGCCCGCCCACCCCAUUCCGUGUAUCAUACACUGUUAAGAAGUCAAGGCAUCAGUGUCGGUUGGGAAGGAAGCAGAGGAGAUGGACGCAGAAGGAGACUUUCUCUCACCAUUUUUGUGCAGACAAAAAGAGACGCGUUUGAGACUCUGCAUUGCUCCACUUAAUAACAAUUAUUCUUGGACCCCCUCGUCACUCACGCUCAUCUUCCCAUUCCGAAUUGUACGGGAGGAAAAUAUUCCCAUCUCUUUGCCAAAACUGAAGAUAGUACAUGAAUUUCUAUAUUGAGUAACUGUGAGCUAAGUGGCAAGUCUUUGAAUCAUAUAAAGCGUGCUCCCAUUGCCAAUGUACGUAUUUACAGUAAUUACAAGAAUCUACUAUGUGAGCGAGGAUACAGCUACCGUAAUUUUCGGACUAUAAGUCGCACCGGAGUAUAAGUCGCACCAGCCAUAAAAUGCCCCAAAAAGUGAAAAAAAAACAUGUAUAUGUAUAUAAGUCGCUCCUGAGUAUAAGUCGCCCCCCCCCAAACUAUGAAAGAAAAAAAACGCGACUUAUAGUCCGAAAAUUACGGUAUAUGCAAAAACAAACAAAACAAGUCUUUGGGUCGUAACAUUUACUGCUGCUGCCAUAAUUUAAAGGUGUCCUUUUUCUUUUGUAUUUAGACAUCAACCUCACUCUCUUGUGAUGAUUACUUGUGUUAAUUACUUCUUGACCACAGAGAACAAAGGUCUAAUGAUGGCGUGUUUAUACUUUUUUUUUGUACUUUAUCCUUGUUUAUUUUCUUGUCUGUCUUUUUUUCAACAAUUUUUUGAAAAUCUUUUUUUUUUUUUUAAACUGUGCCUAUGUUUAGAGUGAUCCAGUGGUUCAUUUCUAAACACUAUUGAACAUGAGAAUACAAAGACGUAAAUUAUUUCAAAAUGUUCUUUUCAUUACUGCUGUUUUCACCUUGGUGUUGCUAUUGGAUGAAUCUAUUUCAGCGCCAUCAUCGGUUAUGAAAUAGGGCAAUUGGAGAUUUUUUUUUUCUUGUAAGAAAUAGCAGCAGUAGUUGUCAAAUGCAUAGCUAGUAGUCAUGUAUACAUAUGAGAAAUACCAAUCAAACAAAGCAAGUUGGACUUCUUUUCAGUGUGGGUGGUGCCGUGUGACUCCGCCCCCACCUGUUGUCUUGUGAUCAAAAGAAACAGGUGAUGGGAUAAAUGAUAGGAGAUGUUUUUAUAUAAUGUAUAAAUUCUGGUUGUUGCCUUGAGUGCAAUUUUAGUUUUGUUUACUUGUUUGAUAUUCUCUUCAGUGUUGGGCUGCAUAGCUGUCAUCCUCUCGAUCAUCGACCAACAUAUCAAACAUUUUUAAAGGACUUCACUUGGCAAGUGUAUCAGAGCCUCAAAAAAAAAGGUUUGAUAAUAAAACAUUGGUAGGUAAUCCCUUGACACCUUUAUAUAUAUACAUAUAUAUGUAUGUGUAUAUAUAUAUAUAUAUAUGUAUGUAUACGUGUAUAUAUAUAUAUAUAUAUAUAUAUAUAUAUUAUCCUUAAUUUGUAUCAUUAGAAAAAGUUCCCGUCUAAUUUAAUUUGUUUUUAAUAUGAUAUUUUGUCCCACACUGUCCCAGUAAUGCUGCUGCUCUUAUGCACUUUUUUGGAAUAAAAACAUUGGCAUCCUCUGUUUAACACAAACGCAGUAGCCUCUCAUCGGUUAUUUUUCAAUGGGGGCAUUUUCUUUCAUUAAGAAGUAAUUGAUCUGUAAGUUUAUCUUGGAAGUUUGCAUCACUUGGAAAGAAUUGUGUUUUGCAGGCUUAGAGUAACAAUUGACUUGUCUUUUGAGGAGGUUUUAUCCGGUCAAUGUUAAAAGGAACUUACUCUCGUGAACUGUAAAAGUUUGCAUAUCCUGCUUCUUUCUUCAUGGCGAGUGAAAUGCUCAGCGUUUUUAUUUUAUAUCAUUGAAUGUUUUCUUUUCUAAAUACGUGUAUUCACUUAGUAUUAUUUCAAGUGACUGUACAUUAAAAAAAUGCCAACAAUGGUAAUCAAACCUAAAA